GCAGAUGGUCGGUCAACUCAUAGCGCUGAUCCUCCUCGAAAACCUCUCUUGUUCCUCGGAGCCUCCUCAAACUGAAGAAAACGUCUGAAAGAAUGACUCGGUUUUUCGUCGUGCUUUUUAUCGUUGUAUCGUUGCUGAUCUUAUGUACUCAGGAAAUUUCUUCGAAGGUGAGAAGCUUUUAAUUUUGCAAUGUAUUACCAACCUUUUUCAUAUUGCUUGUAAAAGAGUAAAGCAUUGAUCAAAUAACUUUUAACUUUUUAAACUUUUUUCUUGGCUGAUCUAGAACAAAUUUUUUUCUUUCUCUUUGGAGACCUUUAUUAAUUUGGCACUAAAUAAAUUGGUUUGACUGUAUUUGAUUAAAAUUUUUACUUAUCAAAUUCUCGGGUCUCUGAAGAAUUCGCUAUUAAAUCGAAAUUUAAUGUCACUAUCCUAAAAUUUUAGCAGGUUCCCACUCGGAGGAAGGAACUGAUGUCGACUUUAGACGACAUGUAUCAGGCAAAAGGCCCAUCGACACGAAAUUGUUUUUAGUUUUCUUCCCAGUCAUUUAUUUUAAUUCGAAAAACUGAACAACACUUCUUUAAACUAGAAAAUGAUUUUUAACGAAAUGAUUAUGUACCAUGCAGUAUAUAUUGCCACACAACUUAAUUUUUUUGUAAUGGACAUUCAAUAUAAACACCCAAGUUGAUGGUGAUGCUUUAUUUCCAGCUCUAAAAAUUGCGACUGCAUGCUAAGGCUUCGUGAUGUAUUCACAAAAUCGUCGGUAAAAAGCAUUUUUUAAUAAAUCACAUUCAUAACUAAGAAUCAAGUACAGCAAUUAGGAACGUAUGAUUAUCGUCGAUUAUAGUCUGGAAAAACUGAUGUUUUCGAUAGAUAUAUCGAAGAAAAUCAGUAAAGAAACGGAUAUUUUACAAUGAUACUUAAUGCUUAAGUAUGAACAAGAUCCGAAACUGUAAGAGAAGAUGGGGAGCAAGGUCUCCGCAGAGAUUAUAAAAAUGGUACUAAAAACAGCAGAGUAACAUGACAAGUUUCAUUUCGAUCUCUCAAGUUCUUUUUACAAUGUAAAUGAACUUCUUUUCAUUGGGGGUGUGAUGUGUGGAUUGGUCAUCUACUUGGGAUUGUUCCAAACAGCACUCACCUGAGCACUAUCAGUGUAAACAUGUCGCUCGAAAAACUGCAAGUUAUGUUAAACAAAUAGCGGCUCCUAUAGCCGAUUUACUUCUGACUCUCUUAUAUUAUUUAACUAUGUGUUUUCGUGGGGGUUGCAUUAGAUCCAACACUUUUACUGGACAUUUAAUUAAUGGUGUAAUCAAUUCCUGAUAAAAACUACUCAGCUUUGCCGGAUCGACGAAUGCUGAAGCAAUAAGGGGAAAGCAGAAAUGUUCUUGGUUAAUGUUUCAGUGUGCUCUUCAGUCUUCUUGGUAAUUACAUGUAAAAAGAAAGCGUUUGGAAAUCAUAAAACAAGUACUUAUAAUAAUAUGCUUUCUGGCUCAAUCCCAAAGUACUUAUUUCCAUCAGUUUAAUUUCUGCUUUUUCCGUCAUCCAAUUUUUUCCCCUACUACCAAAUCACCCUGAUUAUUUCUAUCAGCCAAUUUCUGUCAUUAAUCCAGAUUCUCAUUUUAGAAAAAAAAUUCCCUAUACUUAUCUCCGACAAUUAUAGUACUUUUUCAUAACCCAAACUUAAAUGUUUAAUUAAAACAGGAAAUAACGUGAAAACCUAAUACUUCUGAUAAAUUCUAGUCAUUAAAAAACUUAUGAGCUCGCUUCGCUCGAGGAAGAAAGCAGAAAAAAGAUGGAAAUAAGUACUUUGGGAUCCAGCCAGAAAGCAUAUUAUUAUAACUACUCAUAUUAACUCAAACAAAAGUUUUUGAUAUUAGCGACCCGAGCGAAGCCGAAGGGUGAGUGAGUGAGAAGAGAGACAGCCGAAGCGAACGCGAAUGAACCACCCAAAACAUCAAAAAAACUUCCUAACAUUAUCUCCUUGAAUAUAAUAAUCCAAAAUUAAAGUAUAUUAUAACUACUAAAGACACACAAUCAUUUGGAUCACAAGGGAAAUCGCCUACUUGCAAACACCUGCCAGUUUUGACUAUGUUGUAUUUUUAAUGAUUUACGUUUCAGUUGUAGACAAUGAAAUGAUUUUGUCAAAAUUUUAUUAAAAAUUUUAUUUCCACCAAAAUUUUAUGUGAAAUUCUCUAAAACCAGGAAGACUAUGCUGUAAUCUCUCGGGGACUUCCCCAAGGAAUAGCUAAGUCUUACGAUUAUCAGCUGAUUUUUUCAGUAUAUGUAUCAAACUGGUUUUAAAAGUAAAGUUUGUCAGUAAAGUUAGUAAAUUAAUCAACCUCAAGCACAAUGAUUUGCAUUUUAAUUGAAAAACUUUUAACUUAAUAAACAAUGUUAUAACCUGCUAUUAUCAGUCACAUUUGUUAAGUUCUGAUUCGUUGAGUAAUGUAAAUUAAAAGCAGGUGUUAAAAGCAGCCUUUUUAGUUUAGAUAAGAAGAUUUUAGUUGAGUUAGAAAAAUAAAAUUGAAAUUUUAAAAAAUAUUUUUUAUAAAUAAAAGAAAAUGCAUUCACAAAUCUUAAAAAAAAAAUCAAAAAUGAAUACAGAUAUAUUACAAGUUUAAAGGAUUAUGAUGAGAUUUUAAAUGAAAUUGAAUGUAAAGUAAAUGAUAAAAAAUAUGAUAUAUAUAUUAUAUAUAUAUAUAUGUCAGUGAUAAAGAUAUAAAAGAUUUAGUCAUAUAUUGUAAAAGAAAAAUACAUAUAAUAGGAUUUUUAGAAAAAAAUGAAUUUAUAAAAAGAGAAUAUAAAAAGAUAAGAAUAAUAUAAAGAAAAAGAAUUGUCAAUUAUUAUAUGACAAAAUGUAUAAAUGUGAGAAUAUUGUUUUUAAUUUUUAUAGCAAAAAAUAAAGAAACAAGAUAUUAUAAAGACGAACAGAUAAAAUAUUAUUUUUCACUUAGUCUUGCUGAUUUUGAUAAUGAAUUUCAAUAUGAUGACGAAAUGGGGUAUGCAUAUACGGAUAUUAAUUUUAUGUUUUAUGUUUCAUUUGAUAAUAAUACAAAAAGUUUUGAUAUUUGAAUUGUAACUGAUAUGCAUCGAAAUUCAAUUUAGUUUUAAAUCAUUUAUUGUGAUUUAAAACUUUUUUUCUUUAUAAAAUAAUAUGGAUAUUCGAGGAACAAUCUUUAAUAAUAACCAUUUAAUUAAGUUAAUUAAAAAUAAGUUAUCUAAUAAUAUGGAAGGGAAAAAUAAAACUGUUACUAAAACAGCAGUUACCAUUGAUGAUGGCAAAAAAGCUACAGUCACAGCAACUACAACAAUUGUUGAAGAGAAAAUGGAAGAAUAAUUUAUUAUGUAUAGAUUAAAUAAAUGGAUAAACCUACAAAAAAUCUUCUUGAAGGAAACAAUUUGAAAAACUUAAAAAAGAAGCUCCAGAUCUUGGUGCAAAGUCUCUUGAUUAUUCAAAACGUAAAAAUAAUAAAUAUUUUUUAACAUUAGAAAAUGAAAUGAAAUUCAUUUUAGAAAUAGUAAAUAUGAAGAUUAUCUUAUUCCCAAAGAUGAAGAAAGUAGAGAAAAAUAUCUCAAUAGAGCAAAAAAUAUUGUUGAUAAAAAGAGAAUUAACAUAUAAUAAUCCUGAGUCAGCAAAUUAUCGGUCUUAUUAUUUAUUAUGGGAUGAGAUAAAGAUUAAAAUUAAUUUUAAAAAUAUUUUUUUAUGAAAUAAAAGAAAAUUCAAGUUAACAAAAAGAUACGUUUCUUUAAGAUGGUAUUAUUUUUGAUAGUGAAGAGGAUUUUGCUGUACUGAUGGCUGAUAAGAGGCUUUGGAAAGAUCUAGUGGUUGCCCGCCUUCGGGCGACCAAGUGAGUGAGUGAGUGUAAAGAGGAUUUUAUAGAAUUAUUAAAAAGUAAGUAUGUUAAAAAUGGGGUUUAUUAUGAUAGUGUAGAGAGUUAUCAAAUACUUGACAAGAUAAAUGGAGAAAUAGAUAUUAUCUAAAGUAAUAUGAGGAAGAAAAAUUUUUAUUCAAACCUGAAAUUAAUGAUAAACAAUUUUUAGUUGCAAAUGAAUUAAUUAAUAAAAUAAAUCAUUCUAUUGAGGUUGAAAAUUCGGAUAAUUUUGAUUGUCAAUUUUGUUGUAUUUGGAUCACUAUAUAAAAUCGUUUGAAGAAUAUUCCGUUAAAUUUAAAAAAUUAAAAGAAGAAUUAUUUGAUAGAAUUAAUUUUUCUUGAAAAAAUAAAAUUUAAAAAAUAAUUUCUUUAUAAAUAAAGACAAUGCAAAUCACAAAACUCGAAAGUAUUUCCCAAGAAAACAUCAUAUUUGAUGAAGCACGCGAUUUUAAAGUCAAAGAGAGUAAAUUUAAAUAUCAAAGAAUUAAAUACCAAAAUGGGAAAGAAGGUCCGCUAAUUUUCUUUUCAGUUUUGGUGUCAAUGAGUCUCUUGGAUAUUCAAUACCGGUCUGUUUAUGGGAGAAAGAUAGUCAACAAAUCAAGAUGAAAAACCAUUUUUUGAUUCAAUAAAUAACAUUACACAAAAUUUGUCAAUUUUAUCUUGAAGAAGAAUACGGUCUGCAUACGACAAGUUGUCCUUUUUAUUAAAAACAGAUAUAAUACACUGACACAAAAGGCAAAGAGAAAACAAAGAGAGAUGAAUCAUCCACACCAGUUCUUUAUGCAGUUAAUCUAUUCGGAAAAAUCAAAUAAAAUACUUUCCCUGUUUUCAACUACGGGAAAACAAAAAGUUGAUCCAUUUGACUAUCUUAAUCAAUACUGCAAGGUUAAAAUUGCUUUGAUAAUUGAGAGUAUUUUCUUAAGCAAAACAAUAGUUUCUCUCCAGAUUAAAGUUCACGAGGUAUACGUAAAACCGCUAAAACCACGACAGUAAAUUUUAUCAAUCAAAGAUAGUGAUGACACCAAGUCGAAGAAAGUCAUAAUGAAGAAAUUCAAGACUUACACAUUUCAGAUGCAGAAGAAAGCGAUUAAACUCAGCCUCAAGUCUUAACUUGAACUUCAGUUAACUUAAGGGCACAUUCAUGUGACUUUUGAGUGAAAGGCUGUGUUUUUAGAGUGAAACAUCGAGUUGAUAGCCUUAUAAUAAAAUAAUAUAAUAAAUGAAAGACAUCUUUGAAUUUAACCACACUGACAAAAAUUUAUCAGAGGAAAACGUUAAAACAUUCAACGACUUGUACAAACAUUAUCAAAAAAGGUUUUGGUGUUCAUAUAAACGAUUUAAGCUUCUUGAUGAAUCAAUUACAAUCACUGUUUUUUAUUUGAUGAUUAUUGGAACAAUAGUUGGUGGAAUAACUCUGAAUCCAAUUAUUCUUGGUGUUGUUAAUGGAUCUGGAUAAUCGUUUUACAAACUUUGGAAAAAUGAAAAAUUACAAAAAGAAAAUAGACAUGAAUCGAAUCGCUUUUACAGCUUACGAAAAAGUUUUGGUUGAACUGAGAUCUGCUUUGAAAGGAUAUGAUUUUGAUAAGAACUAGUUUAUUGACAAAUGUAAAUAAUGGAUGAAAUGAUAAUUGAUAAUGCUCCUCUUGCUGAUAGAUAUUCGAAGAUUUAUAGCAAAAAAUACAAUAAUUAUAUAAAAAAUGUUGAGAGAAAUACUAAUAUAUAUAAAUCAGCAUUACCCAAGGUAUGAACAUUUGGAACUAAACCCUUGUUUAAUCAAAUCGGCUUUGGUUUAUCAAAACCUUUAACAAAAAUAUUUUAAAAAAGGGAUAGAUUUAUUAAAUAUUAUUUAUAAUUUUAAUUUAAAUUUAUUUUUCAGUGAUAUUGUUUUUGAGACAAGAUCAAAGGUUUUAAAAAAUCAUUUUAUUUUUUUUAACGCAUUUGAAGAAUUCUUUUAAACUUAUAAAUUAGAAAGAGGUUGUUUAUACUUAUUCGACUGACAAAAUAAAUUAAUGAAACAAUCAAAUUUGUUUAGGUCAUUUAACCGGUGUAUUAUACUGAUUGUUUCAUAAAGGAAUUUGUUAAAAAUAAUUUAAAAAAUAAUUUAGCACAAUUUUUGUAUGAAAUUAGUUUAACAGAAAUUCAAUAGAUCAGUAAUAUAAUCUACAUCCUUGGUAAACUCUGAAAAACGAGCAAAUAAUUUAUGCAGAUCGUUAUAAGGCGCAUUCAAUAGAUCUUCUUUUUCUACAAGAUGCAAAAUAUGUUCCAUAAACGCUCUAAAUUUGUUAGAACUUUUGUAAAUUUCACGAAUUUUUUCCUUUUUUUCUUCAUCGGUUAAUGCUUCUCUUUUUUUCUUAAUUUUUUCAAGAACUUCUCCUCUGUAGUCUUUAUCCUUUAAUUUUUCUAAUGAAUUUAUUUUUUUGCUCCUCUAUUAAUUCACCUGCUACUUUUUCAAAAGCUAUCUUCACUUUCUAACCUCUUCCAUUUUAUUAUAAAGUUUAUUUUUUAAUUCAAUAAUUCUUUUGAGUCUUUCAUUACUGUUAUUUAAUCCGUCAAAUUCUUCAUCAUCAAUAUUUUCUCGUUUUAGUUUUCCAUCAAUCAUUUUAUAUUAAUGUUAUAUAAUAUUUCCACCAUUUUUUAUAAACAUUAGAGUAUCUUUACAUAAAUUGUCUUAUUUUUUAAUAAGAUUUAUCAACUUUAUAUCUUUCUAAUUAUAAAAUAUAUAUUAAUCUUUCUUUUUCUCUUGAAUUCUUUAUUUAAUUUUACAAGCUCAUCAUUAUUUAUUUCCAUCAAAACAUAAUACAAUUCAUAUUCUUCUGAUGAUGAUACAUCCAGUUCGAACUUUAUCUUUAAUUCUUCAAUCUUGUCUUCAGAGUGGUGUUUUCUCCUAUAAAUAGAUUUCUGUCUAAAAUGAUAUCUCUCAAAGUCAGUUUUAUCAUCAUAACCAAGAAUAUUGUCUUGACCUUAACCACGAUUCUCACACCAAAAUUGUCCCAUUUCAAUGAAAAAAAUCACUCUUUUUGGAUGAUUUACAUCUCACCUUGUUUGAAAAAAAAAACCUUCUUCAUUGUUUUUAUAAUUAUCUAUAAUUAAGAGAAAUUUUAAUAUUUCUUCAUGUGUAUAAUUCAUUUUUACUUGAAAAUAAAAAUAAUAUUUAAAUUCUUAAUGCAAAAGUAUGAACUUCGUCUUUUGCUGUUAUUAUUUUAUCAUCAGUAUUAAUUUUCAUUGAAUAAAUCUCAUUUUCUUUACUUCUAAUAAUGUUCAUUGUUCUCAUUUGAUUUUUUUCUUAAUCACACAAUGUUUCUUUGUAAUUUUAAGAUGUUAUUUGUUUCUUUACAACAUUUUUCUUUCCUCCUUGGCGUUUUUUCUUCAUAAUUCUCUAUAAUUUUUUUAAUAUCUUUAUGUUCAUAAUAAUCUAGUAUAUAAGUGUAAAUGUGGUGUUUGAUAACCUUUAGCUUCAUCCUUGAAUUUUCCAAUAACUUUUUUUACUUAUUCCUGUUUUAAUCUCAGAUGGAUGAUUCUCUGGAUAAUCAUUUGUAUCAAACUUUUUUUGGAUAUCUUUUGAUAUUUCCUGAUAAAGAUCUUUUGUUUGAAUUUCAUACAUCAAUGAGUCUGUAUCUGUAAAAAAUAACUCAGCUUUGUCUCCAUAUUUCUCUCGAAUAUAAUUAUAGUGAAAAUAAAACGUUUAAUGUUUUCGAAAGAUCCACAAUUGCUUGACCCACAUAGAUUGGUUUGUUACAAAAAACUUGUCUUUUUCACAUGAACUGCAAUCAGUUUUUCAUCAAAUAUUGUUGCUUGUUCAAAAUUAGGUUUCGAUGAGAGUUUGAUUGCUUGAUCUCGAUUAUCAAUUAGUGUUACAUUUGUCUCUUUCUGAUGUUUUCAAUUGCUUUUCUAAACCGCUAAAUUAUUCAUCAGUUUAAAAAAUCUUUCUCAAAAGUAUUUGCUGCUUGCUUUCUGAGCUCUGUGUUCUUUUAUAGAUGGUUCCAUCCAUCUUGAUUGAUAAAAUGAGAUUCCUCUGUGAACUUUUUAAGUCUCAUUCCAAGACUGAGAUAUUGUUUGAGAUUUCUAUAAUUUAUAAUACACAGUGAAAUUUUGGAUAAAAAUUACCAGCAAGUUUUUCAACAUUAUCAAUCUUUAUUUUCUCUGGAGCAAGAGGAUAAUCAUUAUAAGAUUUCCAUAAAUCUCUUGGAUAUUCCAAAUCAACUUCAAAUAAAUAACCGUGAUUUGUGUUAUUAGGAUUAUUUUGUUCAAACUUUGUUAUACCUUUGACUUUUACGGAAAAUUUAUUUCUUUAAAAUUGAGGUCAUUCUCGUGUUGUUUGAGGUCAUUUAUCCUUUGGUUGUCAAUGUUAACUGGAUGAAGAAAUCUUAGUAUCGACCGCAAAAAACGCUUAUUAUUAUUUUUGUUUUCUAUAUUAAGAAUCGCUUAUAAAAUCUGGAAGAGGGAUGUAUGAUGAUCCUUUCAAAGGUUUGUAAUCUACAGUGUGAAUUUCCAAUGAUAAUACUUCUAUAAAAUACCAACCUGAACCAUUCUUUGAAAAUUUAAAAUUCCAUCAAGAAUCUUAUAAAUCAUUCCAAAUAGAAUUUUUUCAAUAUCCGUCUUUUCAAGAUUAAUAUAAGUGUGAGAUUGAAAAUAAGCUUUAUAUUGUGUUGUAAUUGUAAUUUUUCCCUCUUAAGAUUGAUGUUCCAUUAAACAAGCCAUUAACUUUCUAAUUUUAAUAUUUUUUUGAUUUGUGAGAAAAUCUUUUAUGCGAGGAGUUUUUUCCUCGAAGUAAUCGAUUGGAAUAAUUUUUGGUUUUCCUUCAAUAACAUACUUUUCAGCAAAAUUAUCAAGAGCCGAUUUUUCAUGCUUGAUUCAAACUUGAUAUUCCCUCAUUGCUCUUUCAAGAGCUUUUUUGAGGUAAGCUGGUGUGUCUUUUGGAAUCUUCUUGUUUUUGAUAUAUUCCUGAAAAUAAUCAUCAAAUGUUUUUAAUUUCGAUUUUGAUUUGGGAGUAGAUUUUGCUUUUAUAAUCUUUUUUCUUUGCUUUUCUAUUCCCAUAAUUUCAUGAACCAGUUUUUGUUUUUCUUGUUGCUGUUUAUACUCAUUAAACUCUUUUUUUCAAUGUAGUUUUUUUUACCUUUUUUUAUUUUCUUCAAAUCUUCAACUGAUAAGUUAUUUAAAUCAACAGAACUCAUGCUUUUAUCAUAUGCUUAAAUUAUUUUUUGAAAAUUUCAAUUUUCUUUUUUCUAUAUCAACUAAAAAUCUUCUUAUCUAAACUAAAAACGCUGCUUUUAACACCUGCUUUUAAUUUACAUUACUCAACGAAUCAGAAUUUAACAAAUGUGACUGAUAAUAGCAGGUUAUAACAUUGUUAAUUAACUUAAAAGUUUUUCAAUUAAAAUGCAAAUCAUUGCGCUUGGGGUUGAUAUAUUUACAAACUUUACUGACAAACUUUACUUUUAAAACCAACUCGUGAUAUAUAUACUGAAAAAUCACUUGAUAAUCGUAAAGACUUAGAUGUUCCUUGGGGAAGUCCCCAAGAGAUUACAUCAUAGUCCUCCCGUUUUCCGAGAAUGUCAUAUAAAAUUAAUAUUUUGGUGGAAAUAAAAUUUGUCACAAAAUCUUGACAAAUCAUUUCAUUGUCUGCAACUGAAACGUAAAUCAUUAAAUAUUCAACAUGGUCAAAACUGGCAGGUGUUUGCUAAAAGGGAUUUCCCUAGUGAUCCAAAUCAGUGUGUGUCUUUAGUAGUUAUAAUAAUAUGAUUUUUGGAUUAUUAUAUUCAAUGAGAUAAUAUUAGGACGUUUUGUUGUUUGUUUUGUUGUUGUGGUUGGUGGUUCUCUCUGCUCACUCACUCACGCUCCCUCAAUCAGCCUUCGGCUUCGUUCGGGUCGCUAAUAUCAAAACCUUUUGUUUGAGUAAAUAUGAGUAGUUAUAAUAAUGUGCUUUCUGGCUGGAUCCCAAAGUACUUAUUUCCAUCAUUUUUCUGAUUUUUCCGCGAGCGAAGCGAGCUCAUAAGUUGUUUAAUGACUAGAAUUUAUCAGAAAUAUUAGGUUUUCACGUUAUUUCCUGUUUUGAUUAAACAUUUAAGUUUGGGUUAUGAAAAAGUACUAUAAUUGUCCGAGAUAAGUAUAGGAAAUUUUUUUCUCAAAUGAGAAAUUGGAUUAAUGAUGGAAAUUGGUGACAGAAAUAAUCAGGGUGAUUUGGUAGUAGGGGAAAAAUUGGAUGACGGAAAAAAGCAGAAAAAUGAUGAAAAUAAGUACUUUGGGACUGAGCCAGAAAGCGUAUUAUUAUAACUACUAAAAUUAUCAAGCAGUGGCUAUUGAACUGAAUAUGGCAAAAUACAUUUUAAAAAAUGAGUUUGACAUACUUCCGUUCUUUCGCUUGUAAGCCGAGUAAAAAAAACUUGUAAAGGAGUCUUGCCCUCCAUUUCUUAAUAUCUCCCAUGAACCAUGCAUCUAUGCCAUGGCCGCUUUCAAUGACAGCUGUUUCGGCAAAUAACUUUAACCAUGUUAUAAUUAAAUAAUAUCUAGAAUUGUGAGUUGAUUAGUUAUUUUAUCAAGUCAUAACUGACGAACUCGGUCCUCGGUCAGUCUUGUUAAAAUGCCGUCUUACAAACACUGCUUGAACAAAGCAUACUCACGACCAACGAAAAAAGGCUAUCUUCAUAUAAGGUGGAAAAUAAAAGUCACCUAUGUCUGAAAUGCUAAUUAUAAGGAAGGUAAAAGAAUUUUAUAUCACAAGUUGGAAAAAUUAGCUAGCUUUUCAGUUUCAUCUCCCUUGGGAUGAAAAAAAGAGGUUUUCAAGAACUUGUCAUUCAAGAGCUGGCAGUAUAGAUCGUUUUCACUAUCACGCAGCAAAAAAAUAAAUUGGAAACCGUCGAGUGGAAGAAGCCAAGAAAAUGAAAUGUUAUAAAAGACUAAUUUAUAAACAAUUUGUCCAAAUCUCAGGUCUUUAUGGCCCACACAGUUUCUGAGUUAUUUGCCAAAACGUUUCACGCACCUUCGUAGAGCUUUGUAUGGAGACGUCAUAUUGGGCACCGUUUUGGUGCACCAAUAUGGCCUCCGCAAAUCAACAAAAACAUCUGGAGUUCACUUUUUCUACAAAAGUUUUUUUUUUCACUCGAGAACUAGAAUACGUGCGCAUAAACAUAUUUUCUAAUACUUGAAAUGGUUAUACUGCUGAUAAUGAAGAGGCGAGACUUUUUUUCAAGGAGACAGCAUUCCUAUUUUGGUGUCACGCACUGUGAAAACUCGGAAGUUCAAAUUGCUCUAUUUUCGAAAUGAAACAUGUUACGUUAUACGGGAAUGGAAACUUGUUUUUUGCGUAUCUUCAACCUAGUGUAAAUAAGAAUUCGUAAAACCUCGCUAUUUUGACUUUACUAUUUGAUGACGUCACUGAGAAAACCAUCUAUAGUGAGAGUGUCAUGAUUAGGUAUACAUGUUGCAAUUGAUUGAAAAUUUUCAAGUUCUCAAAAACAGCAAAUAGCCUUCGAGUCAACACCUAUCUUACAAGAAAUUUAAGUUUUUUCACGCAAGUAGUCAACUUUGAAUAGUGUUUCUUUCGCGAGAUAUUUGCCGUUUUCUCAGUUUCAGUUGAAGAAAUAACUUCAAUAUCAGAUUUUUAAAGAAAAGAAUGGCUCAAUUGUUGAUCAUCAGCUUCGCUUUAAUCUUUUCGCUUCGGUGAUGUUUCAGUCCACGGCCCCGUUUAAGAAGCCUGGUUUCAUUAUAUGGUCACAAAUCGGCAAUUAGCAAGAGUAUAACAUUAAUUUUGGUUUAAUUCAUAUGAUACUUAUUAGGAAAUCUUAGCAGACAAAAUUACGCUUAGCCACAGAGUAUGGUACGUUUUUAAUAUAAUAUCAGUACGUGGUACAAAAAAAAAAUUAAAACAGCUUCUAAAUAUUUUAAAAGUAACAAGAUAUCAUGCAAGUUGAAGGCAUAAUUGUUUGUUUAUAUUUAUUUAUAAUAUGUUGAGCAUAUCAGUUCUUGAAUUAGGAUACUUUUGUUCAUUUUCUUUCAGUUACUGAAUCGUGGAAAUCAUGAACAAGGCAAUCAAAUUUUACUCCACAAAAGAAGUAUCUACACGAAUCCUUUGUUAGGUGAUUACAAGUAAUGUUUAAAUAACAGUUUUUUUAUUGGAUAAAUAACUCUUUAAAACGGGCUAUUAUACUAAUAGCUUGUUUUUCCAAGUUAAGAUCAUUUUAAAAAAUUGGUUAAAAUUGCUAAUUGUAGACUGCAAAACGCGUAUUCAAAUACACGCGAGCAGUCAAACAAAAGGUAGGCUUUUCUCUCGCCUCAUGGGCGUGUGAGAGUCGCACGCUUCGUGCGCGUAAGACUCUUACGCCACACUUUACCGAUUACGUUACGCUUUACCUAUUUCUUUACUGGUUUUGAGAAAAAACCGACUGUUUGCAGUCUAUGCUAAUUACAGCUAAUUCCGUAUUCAGUGCGGUUCUAGGCGAACAGUUUAGUGCGCUUUCCGCUGCCAUCAGAGUUAUCUUGACUAUUUUUAGCGGUUGGAGGCGAUUAGAAAAACUCUUUAUAGUACGUACCCAGUGUGUGGAUUAUGCCAACAUUUGAAAGCCUGUCAGUGCAUGUAUACAGAGCUUUAGUACCGGUAUGAAAUUAGUGGAUGGAAAUUUGGCGCGUUUUGAUUGGGUCUCGUAACUCGGAAAAUCAUUGGCAGAUUUAGCAAAGAAGAGGUGACGAUAGUCUCUAUCGACGACGGCGAGCGCAGAUCUGAAAACUGACUCGACAAAUAGCAGAGUGGCAAAUUGAGUACCGGAAGUAGUGUUCAGCCUUUUUUGCGCGCUUUAGCAUUUUCACUGACGUCGUGUUGUCUGCUUCUUCACUCUUUGGUGACGUGGGUCAAAAUGGAGUCUUGUUUCGCGAGGGUUUUGGAAGGCGAGAUUUUAGCAAUAAAUUGGGCGACUGUUCUAACAAAUCACCAAGAAAACUAUGAAAUUAGGCUGGUCGGUGUCUACUGGCUGGUAGAAAAUUAUGUUGUUAUUAGUUGCAACAAAAUCUUAAAAAUGCACUUGGUAAAUGGUAAAAAUCCCCGAAAACACUGUCAAUUAAAACGUAAACAAAAUACUCAAUAAAUGAAAUCUUUUAUUUUCAAAAAUUAGUCCUUUUUCUUUCUUUAUUCAACUGACUGGGUCAGGGUCUGUGAAUAGUGAUACAUGAGUUAUAUACCUGUGCGCUUUGCGGCUCGGUAUACCACUACUAUUCACCUCACCUUAAGGGUACAGUUGUAUAUUAUAUUCGCGCUCAUUGCGGUUUCAUAGGGUACAGUAGUUUUCCAGCGAACCCUUCGUGCGACACGGCGCUGAAUCUCCGAGUGGCUGGUGACGCAACAAAGGCUAUCUCUGAUCUUUGAGCAAUUUCUUCUUAAAAUAUAAAAUUGACAGUGUGGCUUUCUUUCAAUUUAGUAUACCGCUGCUCCCUUCCUCUUGGUUUGGAGAAUGGCCAUGUAUCAGAUGCAGCGUUUUCUGCGUCUUCCAGCCUUCAAGCCAAGUAUGCCCCAGCAAGAGCGAGAUUGAACUUACAGGGUAGUAGUAAAGGAUAUGGAGCCUGGUGUGCAAAAACUAACGACGGCAAACAAUGGCUGCAAAUUGACUUUGGAGAGCUGGUGCUAGUGACUAAAGUUGCAACCCAAGGACAACAGGACGGUAACCACUGGGUAACAAAGUUCACUCUCUCUUACAGCAUGGACGGAAUACACUGGGCCGAGUACAAGGAAAACAGUGUCACGUGGGUCAGUGAUAAUCAUCAACUGCUUCAUUCAUGGACAAAACUGAUGAGACAGUUCUAUCUAAUUUUUUUUAACUUUUGCCCCACAGGAGCAUCCCCUCAAAACAGAAAAGAGUAAGCCCCCUCCCCACUCCCCUAUUCAAUAUUGCUUUGGUUUAAAAACUGACGUGUAUAAUUCUGGUGUUACCCUAAACAAAACUGGAUAAGAGGAAGGGGGAAAUAGUCAUUCGGUUUGGCGACGGUUUCCCUAUUUGCCAGAAUGACAGGAAAACUGAAUAGGUAUUGUUUUGAAGUUUGUCCAAUACGUUUUGUCCAAAGUUGUAGGUAUUACCUUUUUGAUGUCAUUAUCAUAGUCAAAAAGCCCCUAAAUCUGUAUCUGUGAUACGAACUUUCUUAUGUUAUAAUGAAUGUUCUCAUUUUGCCAUGACUUGUAUGUCACGUUUAUUGCUUAAUAAUUCCGGGCAAUUUAAUUCUUAUCCUGCCUUUGUUUUCUUUGUUCUAUCCCUCUUAACUUUAUUUUAUAUUUUAAACUUUUUUAUUUCUUUUUUCAGGCCUUUUCAGGUAACAAGGACAGAAAUACAUUAGUGGAACACUUACUGGUGACAGCAUUCAAUGCUCGAUUCAUUCGCUUUCACCCCAAAACAUACUACGGAUAUACUUGUCUAAGAGCUGAGGUGUAUGGUUGCCGAAAUGGUACGUUAAUCAGUUUGGUAUGAUUUAAGUUGAAAUUACUUUCAGCGGGAAGAGUUCAUUUUGUGUACAUGAUGUCUAAACAAUAAAUAUUGAACGUGAUUAACUGUAGGGAGCAAUAGUAUGGAAUCGGAAAAGAUAGAGCAGGCAAACUGUAUGAACGAAACUUGGUUAAAUAGAGGCGAUUUGAUUAGAAACAAAGGGCAGCAUCUUUGAGGUAGGAUCACGCCUCAUAUCUGUAAUGACUGUAGAAGAAAAAAUUAAUCAGACGACGCGCCAUGACGUGAAUCUCGUCAUAUUUAAUCGGAAAACGUACAGGACAUCGAAGGACGGUAGUACACUUCGUAAAUACCGUUUUCUUUUACCAAUUUGGUUAUUAAGUAAGAGAUAAGUAAACGAAAUCACUUGUAAUUAGUAACAUGUAAUUCAUCUCUUUAUGAAUGUAAUGUAUUGAAAUUGUUGCCCCCGCAGGGAUUUCGCCCAGAAGGCGAAAUCCCGAGGAUGCACUCUAGUUACUCGCGCGUAUAUUAAGGAAAGUACUUACAGUUGAAAUAUACAGUCGUACAGUCAAUAUAGAAAAACUCUCGAUUUGCUUGAACAGGGGCCGCGAGAAAUCGGUAGGUAAUGAUGACAUUUCUAUUGUUUGCGCCCGCAAGCACGAAAUGGUUAGGAUGACGUAAAACACAAAAAAUCCCGUAGGGACCGCUUACAAUAGGUAGAUUUUGUGCAGUCAUACUUCGAUACUCUUCUGCGUUACGUGUUAUCAGUGACAUUCUGUGGAGCAGUUGUUAUGAAAGUUAUAAACCAAAAGACACUCGUUAAGCACAGAUGAAGUUAUAAGGUGCGUAUAACAGUGUAUAUUUUAAAACCAAGUGAGUUUUGCCAGACACGAGUUCACAAAUCUUUGAUUGGAAACCUUGCCAGACACUCUUUCUCUUUCUUUGACCGGAAUAAGACUUGGCCCCAAACAAGCAAGACGAGUGAAUGAUUCAACGGCUAGGCUAUCACUAGCAGAACGAUGGCGAUCACAGAAAUUCGCCGAUCAUCAAAUUCUGUGCUGACUUAUUCCUUGCUCACAGAUGUCCUUCCGCGAUAAAGUUUAAAAUAAGACUAGAAUGCGCGAGCGUGAUUUCAUCAAACGUCCUUUUAUUUUCUAAGGCUUACUUUCCGGCAAAUAAAAUGAACUAAAUGUAAAAAGUGAAAUAGAAAUAGCGAAAAAUUAAACUUCUUAUUAAAUCUUUUCUUAUGGUUUAGAAUAAACUACCGGUAUUCUCGAAACUGAGAAUGUUUUGAUCAAAGCUGUGUAAAUCGAACCGAAACUGUGCAUGGAACCUUGCGUUUCCUGAAUUUACCUCACCUAUUGUAUGGAAUAUGUGUGAACAUCUUCAUAAUGAAAUCGGUAUUUUUCAAAGAGCUACACAACGAGCAAGAAAUACUAUUGCCCGACAAUAUACAGAGCGGGGGCAGCUGUAGUGUCAACUAUUACUAGUCAUAAUAAAUAGUGGAAUUAUUUUCAAAAUCAAUCAGCCGCCUCAAUUGGUCCCAACAAAUACGAUUACAAGUAUUUGAUCACUUGGUGUCUAUUUUUGUAGUUCACAGUUGUUCAAUGCCACUUGGUGUGGAGGACAUGCGCAUUCCUGACAGUGCAUUCACAGCUUCAGGCAGCUACGACAACCGGCACGAGCCUGCACUUGCGAGACUAAACCUUUUAAGUGACGGUAAACAUAUCGCUGCUUGGUGCCCGAAACUCAACAGUUCUAAUCAGUGGCUGCAGAUCAACCUAGGGGAAAUAACUGCUGUUACUAAGGUGGCAACACAGGGGCGGUACAACAGCGAGGACAGAGUUAAAACAUACAAACUCUCGUACAGUGUGGACGGGAUUCACUGGACUUGGUACAAGCAACGAGCCGUAGAUAAGGUAACAAGAGAGAUUCCAAAUGUUAUGGGACUCAGGAAGCCAAAGUCUAUUCCAGUAGUAAACGAAUAACCUACGAAUAAGUUCUCGGUUGUAGACUGGAGCUGGGAGAGGGCUCAAGUUUAUCAGUCAGUCAGUCAAACGGACUACAAUACAGACUGAGACUGCUGGAGUACACUCUUUUUUUUCUAUAAGAAUAUAUAUUAUAAGAAUAUCAAGGCUGAAAUGCGCAAAAUUUUAAGAAUAUUUUAAGAAUAAACCCCAGACUGAGAUAUUGAAAAGGAUAUAUUUUUGUGUUCAAAUGCUGUAAAUACAAUACAAUUAUAUGUUUUCCACUUAUUCCAUUCUCUAAAGGGGAAAACUAGGUAACAAAACGAGAAAACAUGCACUAACUGUAACUGAUACCCCCAAUAUGGUCUAAAAUGGAAAUGUCAUGAGCUAUAAACUAAGAAUAAUACAAGAAUAUUUUCAGCCUAAAAUUGGCAGAAGAAAAAGAAUAUUCAGCCUGGGCCGGAAAAACAACAUUCUUAUUAAAAAUAAGAGUGUAACAUCAUAUUUGUAGAGUACUUGUGAUCUGUGCGUAAUUUGACUUAUGCACUGUGAGUAAUAAACCGGCUGGUAGCUGACUGACUGAUGAUUGAGAGGGGGUGCAUCGGUUUGUGUUGAUGUAUCACCUAUCAAUAGAACUGGCCAACAAAACUACUCUUAUUUCGGAUUUUGAAGUGAUUUUCUGUAUUUGGACGUAAAUUUAUACGUAAUUAAACAUCAAUUUAUACAAGCUUACUAAUGCCGAUUUUUGUAACAAAGCAUAAAUUAUAUAGAACCUUGAUAACAUUAAAAACAACAUUGAAAAUUACAUGGUAAUUUAAACAUUGAAACCAAACUUCAAACAUCUUCACGAAAAUCGAAACAUGAGCCGUUACCCUAAACCAUCAGUUUUGGUUUUGAGAAAGCACCAAAAAUAAGAUCUUAGGACUGUGUAGAAACUUACAGGGUUGGUAUUUGAAGUUUUUAAACGAAUAUAAUGGCAUCCAGUCGAAAGUAAACUAUACAAAUGUAACUGCUAACUACUCAUCCACUGGGGUAGAGUCUUCACAACUGUUAACUACACUGUAACUUUCCUCAGGUGUUUGCUGGGAACACUGACAGGAACACAGUAAUUAUACACACCUUAAAUCCCCACAUCGAAGCUCGCUUUAUCCGCUUUCAUCCACUGACCCACAAUUUUAAUGUUCCUUGCCUGAGAACUGAACUGUAUGGCUGUCGAAGUGGUAGGUAUCUUGUGUUACUUCAUAUCUUAGUAUGUUUCCAUCUUUCUUUUCUCUUAUUUUAUUGAUUCCUUAUUAGCAUCAACUGCAUUACUUGUUGUAACAUCACGCGUGAAAAAAGCUACAAAUCUCUUAACCGUCUUUUCCUCAUUUCUGAUUUAAAUACUUUUUUUGUGGAUAGUUUUACUGGAAUUUUGAGCAUUGAGUUACCAGCGGACGAACAACGCAAGCUGCAUGUCCAUAUUUUGAUAUCGUUUAAAUUUGAUAUUUUAUCUAGUGAAGAGCUGCCUAAUGCCAGUGGGGGUGGAAGACGGUAGAAUUCCUGAAGAAGCAUUCUCUGCGUCAUCAUAUCACAGUGCUAGCUACCUUCCAGACCGAGGCAGGCUUAAUUUGUUACCAAAUGGCGGGAAAUAUUGUUGGUCUGCUAAACAAAAUAAUGCCAAUCAGUGGCUUCAGGUGCGCAAUUGUGUCUACAGGCCAUUUAUGACAUUAUCUCUCAUCCAUUGACGCGUUGCUAGCUAACUUUGUUUUUACCACUGUAAAGUGCUCAGUGAACUUGCAAUAAGGGCCAGUAGCAAUUAAAGCUUUGCAUUAUAGGGAGUCUUCCUUCCAUGAGCUGUGUAGCUAGAGUUUACUAAAAAGUGUAUAUUUCAAAUUUCUCGGUGAAGAAUAAAAAUAUUGCACAUGACUAACAAAAGCAAACCCCUUGGUGAGUUUUUGUAAAAAGCGUCUUAUUUUGUACUUUUAAAAUUAAGAUGUCUCAGUCUAGAUCCUAUUUAACAUCAGACGUUUUCCCAGCACUAUUCUCGUGAAGAUCUAGUUUGAAAGCUGAAUGUUCAUUAAAUAUUAAAUUACAUUUGAUUCCCAUGGUUAAGAUCCUUUAAAACUGGUAUGUGAAACUAAAGUGAACUUAGCUGUCAAAGAAACUGCUUCUUCGGCUAAGAACAAUGGACUCAGCUCUGUGUAUCUUCUAAUUCCAGGUUAAACUGGGUCGCCUGUUCAAAAUAAGAGGCGUGGCCACUCAGGGUCGCCAUGACGCGACCAGUGGGUGACAAAGUUCUCAGUGUCUUAUACUGCAGACGACCUCAACUGGGUUUACAUCCGAGAAGACAGUCAAAUUAAG